AUGCGUCGUUGGCAAACCACACGUUACGUCAGCGAACCGCACGUCGUCAGCGAACCACACGUCGUCAGCGCACCGCACGUCGUCAGCGAACCGCACGUCGUCAGCGAACCGCCCGUUAACGCAGAGAACGGCACGUCGUCAGCGAACCGCAAGUACGUCAACGACGUGCACGUCGUAAACAAACCACACGUGCGUCAAAGAACUACACUUCGUUAUCAAACCGCUCAUCACUACCGCUAG